UCUCUUCCAAUGCUGCUGUGCCGCCGCUCUUUCUUUGAAUCCUUCUCUCUUUCUCUCUCGUGUUAUUUUUCUUCUGCUGUGGAUUUGGUGGGGGGGAGGUUGAUGAUGUUCUCUUGCUCGUCUUUCUUGGCCCUUUUUGGCAGGGUUCUGCAGAUUUUGCUCUGCGUUUUGGCCCCCGUGUGGGAUUUCGACCAGAUUCUGUAUGGGAUUUAGGUGUUUAAGGGGGGAGGGUUUUGGCCGUGCUACAAUCUGAGUUCUUCCUUUGCGAGGUGAUUGGAUUUGGUUCCUUGGUUGGAUUUCGGGGGCCGUUGCUGGAUAAAAUGCCCUUCGCCGUCUCCUGCGUUUUUCUUGAGGAUUUGUUUUAGCUCAUCUGAGGUACUAGGAUUUAGGGUUUUUAGGCGCGGAUUGGAUACAAGUUUUGAUUGAAAAAAGUUUGGAUUUUUCUUUUCUUUUCUAGGGCAUCUUGUUGAGCUCACAGGUUUGGAUUUCUGUCUGACAAAAUCUAGGAAUGUAGUUUUUCCUACAGUGGAACAUAUUUGCUUGUUGCUUCUCAUAGUUUUUGGAUCCUAUUGGAUUUGCUGAUCUCGUAUCAUUUUUGUUCACGAAUUCUAGCUAAUUUCAGAGGUUCGUCUUUACAGUGGAAAGUUGGAUCCUUUGUCGAGUUGUAGAGUUUGCUGUGAUAUAUGAACCCUGCCUUUGGUGGUCUCCAAUGAACUAAGGGAACAAUUGAUGAUGCUUUGGAUGGUGUGGUGGUUUUGAGAUGGAUCGCCGGAGUUAGCUCUGGAGGCGCUAGUUGUCAAAGGGGAGCCCUGGGGAGAGUGAGAGCUUUGGUUUGCGUCACACUCCGAGUGUUGCUCAUAAGACCAGCGACCCAUCUGCAGUGGAAACAUCACGGUGAUAGUUCAGGUGUUCUUUCAGAUUACGGAAAGCAACUUCAGAACAUAUAAUGAAAAUAAACGUCACAAGCUGGAUUUAUCCUACGGUGGUUUGACCGUUUGAGAUAUUACAAUAGCUUUUAGCUCAAAUUUUCACAGAAAGGAGAGAAGGGAGGAAUGACUCAUCCGGAUACUGAACCUCUCUCCAACGGUUCUUCCCCAAACCAUAGCCAAUUACAUGAAGUUCACUCAAGAAUUGGAGAUGGUGACACUCAAGAAACUCAACAAGCAAAAUCUUUGAAUGAGAAGCUAGCAUGGGCUCCACCGCCAAAUGAUUCUUCCCCACAGCACGAGCACGGUCAAUUACAAGCGCCAGAGGUCUUUACAGACACAAGCGAUGGAAAUAUACAGGAUUCUGGAAAGAGUUUGAGCGAGAGGCUUUCUGCUGCUAUUUCGACUAUCAGUGCUAAAGAGGACUUGGUGAAGCAGCAUGCAAAAGUUGCAGAAGAUGCUGUUGCAGGUUGGGAACAGGCUGAAGUUGAAGUUGGUAACCUGAAGCAGCUACUCGAUGCUUCAUCUCUGAAGAAUGCCUCUCUGGAGGACCAAGUUAGCCAUCUAGAUAGUGCCCUCAAGGAAUGUGUCAAGCAGCUUCGCCAGGCACGAGAGGAACAAGAGGAGAAAAUCCGUGAUGCGGUUGCUAAGAAGUCCCAGGAAUUGGAGUCUGAAAUGUCAGAGCUCCAGAAGAUCAUUGCUGACCUAAAACAGCAGCUAGAAGCUUCCGAUCUGCGGGGAAAACUCCAGGUAGCAGAGAAAGAAAAUAAGGACCUCAAGAGCAGGAUGCUCAUGCUGUUCAAGGAAUUGAAUGUACUUGCGCUGGAAAGAGACCUGAGCAACCAAGCAGCAGAAGCAGCCAGCAAGCAGCACUUAGAAAGCGUGAAGAAAAUCACUAGAGUUGAGGCAGAAUGCCGUAGGCUGCACCAUCUUACAAGGAAAACUUCAUUAGCAAAUGAUUCUUCUAGGCUUGUUCCAAACAACGCUUGCAUGGAAUCUCUGACCGACAGCCAGUCUGAUAGUGGGGAGCAUAUGCUAGCUUUAGACAGUGAAAUAAAACAUUCUGAUUUGUGGGCCUCAGCUCUGAUAGCAGAACUUGAUCAGUUCAAAAACAGCAAUGAUGGCACAAGAAAUCUUGGAAACAAUCCUGUUGAGAUUGACCUAAUGGAUGAUUUCCUUGAGAUGGAGAAGCUGGCCGCAUUGCCUGAAGCAGACCACACAAGCUCUAGUUUUGGAGUGGAAACUGAUUCUGACCAGGCUGUGAACUCGAGAGUCGAAGCUGAAGCACUGCAGCGCCAGGUGAUAGAUUUACAAGCAAAGGUUGAAAAGAUUGAACGUGAGAAAAGGGAACUUGAGAUGGCCCUUGCAGAGGCUAGAAAUCAGCUUGACACGUCAUGUGACUCCCUCAUGGCUGCCAACAACAAGCUGGCUGACUUGCAGGUGCAGUUGAACUUGGCAAAUGAGUCCAGAGAUGCUUCUUUGGGACAAGCCGAACGGUUAGAAGAUGAGAGGAAAUCUUUGUCAUUGCGACUGGACUCAAAGUCUGCAGAAGUUAAGAAGCUUCAGGCCGUGGUGGCUUCAUUGGAAGAAGGUGGGGACAGGAAAGAGUUGGAGUUGCAGUUAGAGUCAACUUCUGUAGAGGUAGUCAAUCUUCGAAAGACAGUGGCGUCCUUGGGAAGACAGAUUGAUGCUGAGAAAACUCAGAUGGCGAAGUAUAAAGCAGAUGCAGAAAUGGCAGAGGCUGCUAAAGACACGUUAGAGGCACAGCUGCGGUCUGCACACACAGAAAUUGAGCAACUAAGAGGAAUUAUGGAAACACUGGAGAGCAAGAUGCAAAAGGAGAAUACCUCCCGGAAAGAGCUCGUGGCACAAAUAGAGGCUAUGAAGAUUGAAUCGGCGAGAGCACUUAAGGCAGAGUCUGCCAAUGAAUCGUUAGAAGCUCAGCUCCUGGCAGCAAACUCAGAAAUUACAAAACUGCAUGUAACGGUCAAUGCUCUGGAGCGUGAUGCAGCCAAGGAAAGGGGAUAUUCUUCAGAGAUCAAGACGCAACUUGAGGCAGUUGAGGGCAUCAGAAAGGUUUUCGGGUCUGAGCUCGACUCUUCGCACCACGAGGCAAUGAAGCUCCGGGAGACGGUGUCGUCUUUGGAAGUGAGGCUGAAGGACCAAAUUGCGUUGCUGGUAGAAUUCACUGCCAAUGCUGAGCAGGCAGCCUCAGGGAGGAAAGCAAUGGAAGGUCAACUUGAGGCAGCAAAUCUGGAACUUGCAAAACUGACAAACAAGGUGAGCUUGCUACAAGGGAAGAUUGAGCAGGAGAAGCUACUGUCGGAAGAGUAUGAAGCAAAAUGCCGCAAGCUAGAGGCUCAGCUGUCAAGAGAUAGUCGGGAGGCAAAGCUUUGGCGACUCGCCAACACAAACGGAGACCUUAAGUUCAAGCAGGAGAAAGAGAUAGCCAGCGCUGCUGGGAAGCUUGCAGAGUGCCAGAAGACCAUCGCGAACCUCGGCCUUCAGCUCAAAUCGCUAACAGACCUCGACAGCGUCGCAUCCGAGCCUGAAAAGCUGGAGCCCAAUGGCACGCUGCUGGACUUCAGAGAAGGCAGUGCUAAGUCGCCACUUGCCAAUGAACCAUACGACCUGGAUCUCCCGACGAGCAAUGGCAGCCAUGGCUCGCCCGUCGCCUCUCUGGCCCGAUCACCGUCUCCUCCACCCUCCGUGUUCUCGGGGGGCUUUUCGUCGAUCAGUAGCUGCAUGAGCAAAGCGAGGAAGUGAGCGAUGUCAUGGGAGAGGUUGUGCAUAAGUUAUCUAGCUGUAUGCUGUUCCUGGAUUUUGUUGUCAGCUGUGGGUCCUGAUGGUAGAUAAUCAGUGUACAUUUACAGGAAGUUGGUGGUUUACUUAGAUUUAUGCUGUCAUUUUCGCCCCUGUUGGCUCUUGAUUUCUCUUUUUUGUUCUCUCGCUAAUUUGGAGUUCACUGUGCUACAGACGGAGGUGCUAUUUGCUGGCUUGCAGCAAAUCUCACGACUGGUAACAUGAAACCAAGUGUUUCCUGGUGAUUA